AUGUCUGAUGAUUUUAAAGUCAAGGUUGUUUUAUAUCAAAACUCCUUUUAUGUUGUCUUUGCUGAAUCUCAAAAUAUAUUUCGGAUAUUUCCUGAAAUACAUCCUACUCAUUUUAUAAAAAUCGCUGAUGUCAAUCAAGUGGGGACCGAUGAUCCCUAUUUUAGAUGUCUCCACUCUCAUCUUCAAUCUAAAAGUAAGAAAAUUCCCAAAGGUGCAGCAAGAUUACCACAUUUUCAUGUAAUUAACGAGAAUAAUGUUUUUUUAUGUCAGAAACAAAAGUUUAAUGGUCAUAUUUACAAUUCUCCGGAAGUUGAUUUAAAUAAUCCAAAAGUAUGUAGAGCUCAGUCGGCUGUAAGUCCUGAUAUAAAAUUAUGUAUAUAUCUCAUUACAAAAAGAGAUGGUAUAACAAUCUCGACCGAACCUAUACCGACUGGAAAACAAAGAAUUCGUCGACCUGUGCAUAAAAGAAAUCCACGAUUACGUGAUUUUGUAGAGUUAGAAGAAGCUGAAGAAGUAUUUGAAGAUGGAAGUUUUGAUUUUGAAGUAGAAGAAGGAGUAGAAGAUUUUAACCAUAUACAAGGUAUAGACGGUAUUGAAGAAGGCAAAGAAGAAUAUGAAGAUUAUUAUGAAGUGAGUGAAGGAGCUGGACAUGAGGGAGACUAUGAAGAUGGUGAAGAAGACGAUGAUGGAGGUGAAAAUGGUGGGGAAGAUGGCGAAGAUGAAGAUGAAGAUCGUGAGGGAGAUGAUGAAGAUAGUGAAGGAGAGGGUGAUGAAGAUGAGGAUGAUGAGGAUGAUGAGAAUGAAGGUUUUUAUCUAUUCGUUCUUGAUUUUCUACUUCAGUUGAACUUACUACUCCUAUCAUGA